CAACAGACACAGAGACACACUCACAGUUUGCGUUUAGUGUCCGGGAGUGUGAAGAUCAGGGAAGAUCAAACUACCCACUGUAGGUUGACCCCUGAGUCUCCGUGUCUCCCCUUCAAGGAUACAGGUUGCACACUAUAGGGAUACCAUCACAGUACUCCUGCCAAACUUGCCAAAGCCACAAUGUCACAAUUCUGUACAAUGCCAACCGGGGAGAGGAAGAAGCAUGCAGCAGCUAUUUGCCAAGAGGUCCACGGUACCAAUGGGGAUGUUAUGGAUCUCGGAAAGAAGCUCAGCACUCCUAAAGACAUCAUGUUGGAGGAGUUAUCGUUGCUUUCCAACAGAGGCUCCCGCCUUUUCAAAAUGCGCCAGAGGAGAUCUGAAAAAUAUACAUUUGAAAGUAUCCAAAAUGAGGCAAACGCACAGCUGAACAAUGAUAUUUUACACACUGUGGAAAUUAAGGUGGACGCACCACCAGCCGAUGGAGAAACUGCCAAUCCAGAAAUCACUGCUUCAGACACGACCGCAGAGAAGUCAAACGCCGAUGCUAAAACAGCUAUGCCGAAGAUCUACCACUCUCCGUGGGAUCAGGCGAUCCUCAGUGACCCCGACCUUGCCGAAGCCCUCAAACUAACAAUGUCAGCACCAGACGCACGAGCAGACCUGCCUGACUACAAAUGCUUUAACCGGGUUGCCACUCCUUUUGGUGGGUUUGACAAAGCUCCCAGAGGAAUCACAUUCAAGCUUCCCGAGCUGGACCUGAACCCGCUCCGGUACCCAGAGCUGCAGGAGCCGGGCAUAAAGAGACCCACUUUCAACAGGACGGCCUUGGGGUGGAUAUCUGAGGGCACCCAUCUGAUCUUACCUACUAUUACCCUGGAGCCCAUCAAAAUCCCAGAGUCUGACGACCUGUAGGCGCUCUCACUGUACGUAAUCUGGCUGUAAUAUUCUGGCCUCGUCUGUGAUGGCAUUUAGUAGUGCAGUCACAAUUCCUUAACAAUAUUUUUGAUUUUUUUUCCCCGUUCAAUGGACACAAAAUGUUUCAUGCAUUUAGGGUGUUUGGUGUACACUUAAACUGUAUUCAAAGAAAAUCAUGUAAAUAGCAAAAUGAAUGUGCUAUACAUCACUCUCAAGAAGAGUUUCCACCGAUUCUGAAAGCAAAACUGUAAAUUUUAUAGAUGUUCAGAUGAAUUGAUGAAUAUGUUAUGUAAAUAAAGAUUGCAACUUAUUUAUUUGUGGCACAGAGCUGGAACAUGCAGUGAGUUAUAUCUAGUUAUUAUUAUUAGUAGUA